GAUAUUAUAAGUUUUUAACUCUCGUCCUUGUCCUUUUCAUCACCUUAACUGCUUCCUGCAAUUCAUUAUUUCAGUUAUCAAUGACUUCCAUCUCUGCGUCCGGAGCCCUUUUCCCUCUCAAGGUCCCGUCCCAACGGAUUCCCCAACCGGAAACAUGCCCCGUAAUACCAUUUCCAUCCCGAAAAUCCCAACUCCAUGUCACCACAAGUGCUGUAGACUUCGCAACAAGACCUCAGAGAGUACUCCCCUGCAGAGUCUUAUCUGAACCCAUGUCUUCCAUCAUAGGCGAGCUCCAGAAAAGAGAUGCAGUGAUUGAUGAUCAAGAAGAUUUUGCCAAAAAGGAAGAGAGGCGGCUGGUGGAUGUAUGGAGGGAAAUCCACGGCCAAGAUGAUUGGGUCGGGAUGUUAGAUCCUAUGGAUCCUCUGCUCCGUUCCGAAUUGAUCCGGUACGGUGAAAUGGCUCAAGCUUGUUACGACGCAUUCGAUUUCGAUCCUUUCUCAAAGUACUGUGGCAGCUGUAGAUAUCUCCGGCAUCAAUUCUUCGACCGCCUUGGCAUGAACCACCAUGGGUACCACGUCUCCAGAUACCUCUUCGCAACUUCCAAUAUUAACCUCCCAAAUUUUUUCAAAAAAUCGCGGUGGCCGAAGGUCUGGAGCAAAAACGCGAACUGGAUAGGCUAUGUCGCGGUUUCCAACGACGAGAUGACAAGGCGGUUGGGCCGCCGCGACAUCAUAAUUGCGUGGAGGGGCACGGUGACUCGACUAGAGUGGAUUGUCGAUCUAAUGGAUUUUUUAAAACCCGUUUCGUCUAAUAAAAUCCCCUGCCCGGAUCAGACCGUAAAAGCCGAAUCCGGGUUUCUAGACCUCUACACCGAUAAGGACGAGACCUGCCGGUUCUGCAAGUUCUCGGCGCGUGAACAAAUCUUGACGGAAGUGAAACGGUUGCUGGAAAUGUUCCCAAACGAGGAACUCAGCAUCAGCAUCACCGGGCACAGCCUGGGAAGCGCGUUGGCGAUUCUGAGCGCGUACGACAUCGCCGAGACGGGUAUCAACGUGAUGAAAGACAGCCGGGCGGUGCCCGUGUGCGUGUUCUCGUUUUCCGGUCCGCGCGUGGGGAACGUUCGGUUGAAGGAACGGAUUGAGGCGCUGGGGAUGAAGGUGUUGAGAGUGGUGAACGUGCACGACAUUGUACCGAAAUCACCGGGAUUGUUGUUCAACGAGCAGAGGCCGACGGUGGUGAUGAAGCUGGCGGAAGGGCUGCCGUGGAGCUACUCGCACGUGGGGGUGGAGCUCGCGUUGGACCAUAAGAACUCUCCGUUCUUGAAAGAUACGGGCGAUCCUGUAUGCACGCAUAAUUUGGAGGCGCUUCUGCAUCUGCUUGAUGGGUUAGUGCCACCAAAUUUCUCGACCUUUUUAGCGGUAGAAUAUUUUUUUAUUAAUUACGUAUCUUGAGACUCAUUCAUUCAAAAUCUAAUCACGUUGAAUUUGAUUUGAAAAUUUUUUUUAAUAUUUAUUUUUUUAUUUAUAAUAUUCAAACUUAAUAUUUUAUUAAAAUCCAAUUCUUUUCGCUUACACUAAUUUAUCAUUGGUUUUUUACGCAUUGGUUUUUUAACGGUGGAUUUACCCAUUGUUUUGCCAGUCUAAAACUGUAUAGAAUUACUAGCCGAAAAUGGGUUUGAGUAUUAACGGUAACACACGAACCUUUAGAUUGUAGGAUUAUUUGGUAUUGAGCUAUUUUAUUGUUUAAAAUAAUAUAGACAGUCAAAUAAUAUAUAAGUAAUAAAAUGGAAAGGUUAGAUGAAAAAACUUUCUAAUAUUAAAAGCUGCCUUUUAUAUAUUAGAUUGUAUAAUAAUUUUUUAAUAAUAAAAGAUUAAAAGGUAGUAAAGAAACUUAAUUAAAAAAGAAGAAAUUAGUAAAGAAACGUUGUCCAUUGCGUGAAAGCAAUAUUAAAUAGUUGGGAAUCAGAGAAGUGAGCACAUUAUAGUUUAGGUUUGAUAUUCAAAUUUUAGGUUAAUGUGUAAGAAAAUUUAAUUUUUUUU